AUGGCUUCGUUCGGGAAGCUGACAGAGUACUUCAGCCUGAGGAAGUCGAGGCCGGAGCUGCGCUCCAGGCGGUGGGGCCGGCGGAGCGGGAGCUGUUGCUGUAGUGUCAUGGAGUGCAGGUCCCUGGACAGAAAGCCACAGCGACCAGUGCUGGGCAAGUCCCGGACACUGCCCAGCAUCCCUCAGUCCCCAGUCCUGAGCAGACUUCCCCUCCUCGACUCCACGGCGUACAGAGAGGAGAUGCCAGAGCAGAAACCCUACAAGAAACACUCGGGAUCUGACUCCCAGAAAGGCUGCACAGUCCCUUCUGCUGGGGAGGCCUGGAGGCUGGAGGAUGACUGCACAGACCCCCCCAGAGACCCCCAGCUCGGCACAGCGGUGGAGGACGCCCCGUUCAGCUACUUCCGCACCCGCUCCUUCUACAUGAGGAAGAGCCUCUCGGUGGACAACCACCUGGGGUCCCUCAGCUAUGCUGUGCACCCAGCUGAGACCAAGGCUGAGCGUGUCAAGACCAAGCUGCGGCGGCAAUUUGCCAUCUGGGACCAGGUGUCUGUGACAAAGAGCAUGAACUGGGUCUCAGACAGCAAAUCUGAUUAUUGCAAUCUGUCCUCUUACAACUCAGACACACAGUCUGCAGCUCUUUGGGUCUUCCUGAUGUCUGAAAGCAGCCUCGCUAGGUUUGCCCACCGCUUGUCAGUUAAGCAGAAGCAGGAGAAGAGAAGGAAAGCUGAGUAUGCCUCGGCCGAGCUGUCUGCCUUCCGGCCCAGGUCUCUGAGCAUUGAAUGGUCAUCCUCCCCUAAAAUGACGCAGCAGAUGCGAGAUCUGCAGCUGGCUCAGGCCAGGAAGCCUCCAGGCCCUUCCUCACCGAAUGCAGCCAAGAGGCUCUACCGAAACCUGUCGGGGAAAUUCCGUGUCAACUACACAUCCUUUGACGAGGGCAGCCUGGUGGGACGGGGAGAGAAGGAGAAGCUCCGCAAGUCCUACCUGUUCCAGAGCAAUGCUGCCCUCUUUGAGGCCGUGGAGCUGCAGGACCUUGACAGGGUGCAGGACCUGUUGAAGCAGUACAGCCCUGAGGAGCUGGACCUCAACACCCCCAACAGUGAGGGGCUCCUGCCCCUGGACAUUGCCAUCAUGACCAACAACGCUCCCAUCGCCAGGGCCCUGUUGCAGGCAGGAGCAAAGGAGAGCCCACACUUUGUCAGCCUGGAGAGCCGCUCCCUGCACCUCUCCACACUGGUGAGGGAAGCGGAGCAGCGCGUCAACGAGCUGAUGGCGCAGGUGGUCAACGAGGCGCCCAACGCCGACUGCUCCGAGAAGGAGAAGCAGCUCAAGGCCUGGGAGUGGCGAUUCCGGCUUUACAAGCGCAUGAAGGCAGGGUUUGAGCAUGCCCGUGUGCCAGAUGCUCCCACCAGCGUCCACCUCUCCGUGGCCAGCAGCUCCUCGGUGCAUGUGACCUUCUCGGAGCCCCUGAGUGUCAACUCGGCUGUUGUCACCAAGUACAAAGUGGAGUGGAGCUGCUCCCCCACCUUCUCACCACCACUGGGGGAGGCUGUUAUCGACAAGCUGAAGAACCUGCACUUCACCAUCCAGGGGCUGGUGUCGGGCACAGCGUACUAUGUCCGGGUGUCUGCCUACAACAUGAAGGGCUGGGGUCCCCCACAAGCCUCUGUGCCCCCAUUCGCCAUCCCUUCCAGUGUGAGGGAGUACGACGGCCGAGCCCCACGGCGGAAGGGACAGGCUGAAGCUCUGGACCAUCUGCUGGGACAGGUGAAGACUGUCCACCAACACUGCAUUUGCCAUGAGCCCUGCAAGAAUCAGCCCCAGAGCAGGAAGCACUCGGUCUCCAAGAGCCUCAAACACCUUUUCCACCCCAGCAGCAAGUUUCUCAAGACGCUAAAGCGGGGCCUCUACCUGACAGCCAUCUUCUACAAGGAUGACAACAUCCUGGUGACCCAUGAAGACCAGAUCCCCGUGGUGGAGAUUGAUGACACCUACUCCUGUCUGCUCAUGCAGGAUUUCCUCUGGUUCACCAAGGUGUCGUGCAUGUGGGAUGAGAUCCUGUGGCUGCGGCAGUGUGUCACAGUGUCCCAGUCAUCCUGCUCCUGCAUCCUGCAGACGCGCUUCAAGAUGCUGCUGGCCAUCUCACAGAUGCAGGGACUGCUGGGCAUCCAGGACCUGGGGCAGGUCUUCUUCGAGCCCGUCAAAGACAAACAGGGCAACAUCCUCAUCGUCACCCUGAAGGAGGUGAAGACCAACCAGACCUUUGAGAGUGUCCGCUGGGUUCCCAUCUGCAAGCUGCAGAGCAGCCGCAAGUCUGUGUCCUCCCCAGAUGAGCCCACAGCUCUGGAUAUGCUGCUGAUGUCCAUCCAGGACAAGCUGUCUUACCACCAGCGGAGCAGCCAUGCCCUCUCCCCAGGCCUCUACCUGGGCUACUUGAAGCUCUGCAGUGCCGUGGACCAGAUUCGAGUGCUGGUGCCUGAGCAGCUCCCCAACAUCCUGUGCCACGUCAAGAUUCGCUCCAACCCCAACAUCUCCAGGGAGGAGUGGGAAUGGCUGCAGAAGAUGGUCAACGUGGAGGAGCCUGUUCCUGCAGAGCCAGAGGCUGACACCUCCCAGAACUCCUUGUUUCAGGAGCUUCAAGUGGCCAUCAAGGAGCUGAUGACACUGGUCAACAUCCCGUUGCAAGAGGCCAAAGAUUUUCGUCUCUACAGCCAAGAGGUGCUGGACUUUGGGGAUCAGGUCUCCUUCCUGCUGCUGCUGCCUCCAUCAGAUGAUGUCUGCACUGCUCCAGGCCAGAACAACCCCUAUACCCCUCGCUCCGGCUUCCUCACACUGCCACUGCAGAUCUUUGAGCUGGUCCACUUCUUCACAUAUGACCGGGAGUUCAUCACCCAGUACUGCCAGGUGUCUGCCCUCCUGGAGCUGGAGUCACUUCUCUCUCAGCAGAGCCUCAGGGAGGCCUUCUCUGACACUGAGCUCUCCACCGCCAAGCAGAGGCACCAGCAGGUUCAGGACCACAUCCAGCAAAUGGAGGAGAUCUGGCGUGAGAUGCGCUGGAUUAUGGAUGCCCUGCAGCACGCCCGCUAUAAGCAGCCCUCCUGUGGGGUGUCUCUCAGUGGCUUCCUCAGCAAGGCUGGGGGGUCAACGAAGGAGAAAACACAAUCCUCUUCAUCCCACCUUGACUACCUUCCCUCCCCAGUGCCCUCCCCAGAGACCAGCCGCAAGCUCAACUCUGACUCACACGGGUUGUCAGAUGAGGAAGGCUCCUCGGAGGUGUUCCUGGCCACCGACAGUGACUAUGACUCCAGCAGGGCACAGAGCCCAAAGGAGCUCGACCUGGUGUACUCGUCCUCCUCGGGGCCCGAGUGCUGCAGCCGGAGAGUCUCCCGCACCCUGCGGGACAGUGCCCCAGAU